AAUUCGAACACGCGGAUGCGCGCCAUCGUGCGAUCUUAAAAUCUGCUUAGAUUAGCUCGCGCGUGAGAUCUUUGGAAGGGUAUCUGUUAUCACGAAUCUGACUCGGCGAAUCAAUUUUAAUUUCUCAAAGCAUUUCACUCGCGCAUGAGUGCAACAUGCGAAUAAAUUACACCGCGCGUUUGGCGAGGCGGGUGGAGUGCCUUUACUCGCCGAUCGAAGAACGAGAAGAUAUCCUAGACAGAGAUAUCGUAGAAAAGGGUGUGUGCAUGUGUUCCAAGCAGUGAUGCGGUGAUGAUCUCGAAUUGAGCGAACGCGGAGCUUGCUGCGUUUCCGCAGAAAGUUAUAAGCGUUCCGACGAAUACUCGCAAGAAUUUUGCAGGUGUUUGAUUGGAUGUGUAUUUUUAUUUUGAAGUAUAUUUUGUGAACGACGAAUCGCACAUUUGAAGCAGUGAAAAAGUGAUCGUAUUUUCUUAGGAUAUAUUGUCAAAUAUAGAUUCAAUUUAUCUAACUUUACUUCAUAUUAAGUGACACAAUUCUAAUUUGAAUAGAUCCUUUAUUUAUUGAUCAAGCAUUGAGCUAUAAAUUGGAUUUUUUAUUAAAAAAAUUCUCUUAUGUGCGGAAGACAUUCCGCGCAGAGGGAGCGCGUUUGUAUCGUCGAGAGAGAUCGUGUGGAGAAUGGCGGAGGAGAAGAGAAUAGGAGUGAAACAAACAACAUAAUUGUUCGAGGGCAGAGAAAGUAUCUGAAUUUCAAGGUACAUGAUUUUGUGUUUGGUUAAACCAUCGAGAGAAAUAUCCAAGAUAAAGCAGGAUCGAUAAAUUAUGGACCGAUCAUCGGCAAAAGUAAAACUGUAAUUUAGAAGAAGCUUACAUUCAUCGGUCAAUGAUUAUUAUGCCAAUAUUAAAUGGAGAUACAAAUAUAGAAUGAUUAUUCCAAUCGGGCCGAGGGCAUGUAGGAAGAAAAGGGAAGAGAAGGACAAUGAAGGAGGAAAAACGGCCGCGGCGUCGUAAAAGGAAAGCUACGCUGAUCAUUUACUGAUUUGAAAACUUCGGUGCUGCAGUUUAGCGAGUCUUAGCACAACGAAAAGAAAGGACAAACAAGGAAAAAGAGAAAAAAUAAGAAGAAAGGCAAAUAGAAGAAUACGAAUAACAAAAGGGUAAAGAAGAAAGAGAAACAAAGAAAAAAGAAACCAAGAAAGAAACAUAGUUAUCGAAAAAGAGAGAAAGAAAUCUGUAAAUCUACUUACAAUUUACAAAUUUUCCUUUUUAUAGAUCCUUAAAUCUUUGUUGAUCAGGCAAAUCAUUCUUUCUAUCGUACAUCCAUGAACGCAUUUAUCAAUUCUUAUUAUAGAAAUAUAUCUGGCUACCAUUCCUUAAGUGUAAAUCUAUAGCGUUCCUUCUUUUACAUUUGCGAACCGAGAUUGAUCGUGUUGCUCUUCAUGAGGCCCCUCUCUUUCGAGAAUCUGAGGAGGCUCGUGGGCCGUAAGAAGGACCGCAAUGAGCCUUCCUUCAAGCGUAGCGAGUCCUUCAAACGAAUUUCCAUUAGGAAGAGUUAUCUGGACCGGGGUAAACGACGGAAUCGUAUCCAGAAGAACCUGGAGACCGCCGUUAAUCUCCCUCCGCAACCAGCGGCAAACGAGAAGAUUAUCUCUCAAGAGAUUAAGGAGCAGGAAUCGAAGAAGAAUCAAGAAUGUUCUCUUAGUCGUGAUUUCAUCACCUACGACGAAUGGCUUCAAGAUGUCCACUCUUCCCGCGAGAAGCUUCACGAAGUUAAUAUCGAGUCUCUUCAAUAUUCCAAGUUUAAGGUUGCGAAACUUGCCAAUCAAACCGAUUUGGCGGAUUCGAUCACUGAGGAUCUAAAAGUUCUUCAACUUGAUUCCUCGCCCAUUUUAACGCCCAAGAACAAACUCUUCAGGAUCACCGGUGAUGAACCGAUCGAAAAGUAUGAUACUCCUUCUUGGACCCAAGAGUCCUCCAUGGAAGGAUCGCCUAGCGUUAGCAUCAGUCUUGGCAGAAUAUGGAGAGACGCGGUGCCGGUGCCGGUACCAGUUUCUGUCUCGAUCCCGGUAUCAACCUCUUCGUAUUCUCUCGUCUCGAAUUCUCCGGCUCAUCAUUUUCUGGACAGUGCCUUAAAGGAAAAAAAGCCGCAACCGACUGUCACAAGAACGGUCUCGGCGCCUGAGAAAUCUAUCAGUAAGGACAAUACUACGUCAUCGUCCUUCGGCUUCUCUCUCAGGAUCAGCAAGCUCGCGGAUUUGAGACCAGGGAUGACGCGAAACUGUCUCUUUCGCCGGAAGGCACCGAAGCUGUCGCCCAGCGUGAGCACGGAGGAUUACUUCAAGCGAACGAGCACAUUCAGGUAUUCUCGUCAGCGAGGCGGCAAAAGAAACUCUCAACGCGCCAACAAAAAGAAUCAACAACCUAUUAUUGAAUCUCGUACCAGCAGUCCAGUAUGGUUUAUUCCACCGGAGAGACGUCGCUCGAGACGCCAACGACGAGUUUGGCGGGAGAUCAGAUACUUUCCUGACGAAGGUCCAAUUCUGGAAAGGAUCAACGACUGGUCGUCAAACGUGUCAGAUGAUCAAUUCGAUGAUCAAAAAUUACUGCUGUCAGGCGACUUCAACAUUCGACGAGAAGAUGAUACUUUUAAUUCUAUUGUUUCGUCAUCCCUAGGCUCUUUCUCAGCAACAUCAUCCUCAUCAUCGGCUUGUCUAGCCCCAAAGAUUAGCGAUUUUAAUGAAGAUAAGUUGUUCUCUGAAGAAUUAAGAACUAACGGUCUACUGGCAGGAGGAACUACUUGGAAGCUUUCGGCGAUGACGAUGACGACGACAACGACAGCGACGGUAACGACGACGAUGAUGACGAUAAUGUCAACGGCGACGAAUACGGCUGUUUCUGGAAAUUAUUUUGCCAGCAGUCGAUUUCUCAACUUCUUAGCCGAGGGUAUUGUCAAGGAGAGAUCGAAGGGUGGGAAUUCCAAUGCGGGUUAUACAUGUCUUUCGUCGACCGAUAGUGAAGACAACAAUCAUUUUAAUGAGCAUAGGAGAAACAUCAAGUUUCCGCAACAACAACAGCAGCAUCUGAAGAAAUCCGGACCCAGGAGACGACCCUUGCGUCGAAAGUCGGAAUUGAAAAGAGCAUCCGGCCAGCCGGUAUUCCUCGUGCGCAAAUGUUCAUCCUUAAGGAAACGCCCGAGUAAGAUCCGAGCUAGAGUUUCCUGUAUAUUGUCCAGGAAUAUAUGAGAUUUUGCGGGAAUAAUAUUAUAGUAAUGUAAUAAUAAUAAUAAUUAUUAUAUUAUUACUCUCCAUCGACUUAUGUCGGCGUGAAUUGCGCAACGCGUUUCUCGCGAUUGGUUUCGAUGAGCUUGUUGCUCACGAUCACGAGUUUGCGUAUUGCGAUCAUGGUUUAACGUGUGUCUCGUCACGGCUUUUGCUUUUUUCUUCAAAGGCUUGACGACUUACAAUGGCAGAGAAAUACUUUCGCAUUAGAGUUAUUGAUCAUAAUUUCAGAUUUG